AUGUCUCAGACAAUGGAAAAUAUUGCCUUCAUAGGGCUGGGUGCCAUGGGGUACGGGAUGGCCAGGAACAUCCGCAAGCGAAUGCCGCCAACAGCAACGCUGUACAUCUACGACGUGUCGAAGAGUGUCUGCGAGCGUUUCUGUAUGGAGCUGCGAGGUAUCGGGCACUCGGUCGCUGUCAAUUCGCCUCGGGAGGCGGCAGAGGCAUCACACACCGUGAUUUCCAUUGUCCCAGGAGUAAAGGAAGUGCGGCAGGUGUAUCUUGAUGCAGAGACAGGAAUCAUUACUGCUGGGAGGAACCCCAGCCGGCUCAUUCUUGAGUGCAGCACCAUCGAUUCGCAGGGGAGUCGCGAUGUCGCUGAGCAGUUGCAGCUGGCAGGGGCGGGGACGUACAUUGACACCCCUGUUUCGGGCGGAGUUCCGGCAGCAAACCAAGGAACACUGUCGUUCCUCAUCGGCCACAGUAAACCGUCAAGUACAGACCCUGUCGCGCAACGGCUGGAGGCAGUAGUAUCGAUGAUGGGCGAUCCGCAAAAGCUGUUCUAUUGUAAUGCGAUCGGUGCAGGACUGGCGGCCAAGAUCAGUAACAAUUAUCUUUCGUGCUCAAUCCUUCUAGCAGUGGCCGAGGCCAUGGCUAUUGGCGUCCGCUCUGGCGUUGACCCGAAGCUCUUGCAUGAGAUUAUCCACAAUUCGACCGGGCAGACAUUCAUGGCAGACAAUGUUCAGCCAGUUCCCGGGGUUGUGCCACAUGCGCCCAGCAGUAACAACUACAGACUGGGAUUCAAGACGCAGAUGAUGAUCAAGGAUUUGUCGUUGAGUGUGCAGGCUGGCUAUGCAACCGGCAUCCAUCCUACUGUCGCAGAGGCAGCUCUUCGCGUGUACGAAAAGGCCGCGGUCGAUCCACAAUGCAUUGACCGGGAUGGAUCGUCGGUUUAUCUUCAUCUUACAAGCCCUUCCAAAGAGCCUGCAGAGUAG